CUGCCUGACUGCUUCCAGUCGACCCUUUUGACGUAAACAACAAAACUGCAGCCUGUCGGCACCUCCCUCACCACAGGUCUCGUGUUUCCCAGGCAGCAUGGACGUAAGUAGCCCCCCGCAUUAUCAAUUGCAAGCACAGCAUGCUGACGUUCUGUGUGGCAGCUGCCCGCCUGGUUCUGCCCCACAGACCGGCGCCGUCUGGCCCGGCCAGACCCCCGGGAGCGCCUUCCCCAUGUGGCCAGCGCAGCCCACCCAGCAGGUCCAACAGGUCCCGCCCACCCAGCAGGCCCCGCAGGCUGCGCCGUGCUGGACCGGGCAGCCGAACACUCCCUGCUGGUUAGGGACUCAACCGUUGCCGGUCUCUGGGCCCGCCCCUCUUCCGGUCCCAGCUCAGGUCCUAACACCCUCUCCUGCCCCCGCCGCAAACGUGCUCCCCGCCCCGGCUCCGGCUCCGGGUCAAAUCUGCCAGCCUUGUUGGCCGGGCCAGUACCAGCCUGCCCGACCUGCCCAGCCUCCGGUUCAGGCUCAGAUACCCUUUCAAGUCCCGGCUGUAUCUCCGGUUCCCGCCCCAGCACCUGCCCCCGUUUCCGCUCCAGCUCCGAGCCUCCAUCCUUCUAUGCCGGCGUGGGCCGCCCAUCCCGGCUGGCCUUACAACCCCGGGCAGCCGGGAUGGCCCGGACAGAACCCGGCCAUGGUUCCGCAACACUGGCUGCCGCCCACAUCGGGACCGCUAAGCGUACCGUACAACCUCAACCUGGCCCGAGGGGUGUACGACAAGAUGAUGAUGACCAUCCUGGGCCAGAUCAAACCCAACGCUAAAAUGUUCACUAUAAACUUCCUGCGAGGCAACGACAUCGCCUUCCACAUCAACCCUCGCUUCAGCGAGGGGGGCAAGCAGGUGCUGGUGCGCAACCACAAGGUGGGCGAGCGUUGGGGCACCGAGGAGAGGGACCUGAAGGGACCCUUCCCCUUCGCCCCGGGGAGCCCCUUUGAGAUGAAGAUCUUGUGCACGCAGGACUCGUUCCGCGUGGCGGUCAACAACAUUCCGUUGUUCGAAUUCCGUCACCGCGUCCGCGAGCUCAACCAGAUCAACCGAAUCAACAUCCUGCACGACGCGGUCCUCACUUUCGUCAACGUGGAGACGCUUCCGUAGGACAUCACAAAUUCAUCGGUUGGCGCCACCAUCAUAACAUGAUGUUGACAUUUCAUGAAGUGUGUGACAAUAAUACAUGAGAGUUGAGCUCCUUCACCAUUAAACCCACACUAAUAUUCAUAAAUAACAUUCAUAUCAAAUAUUUUAACAGCUUGGUUUUCAGUGUAUUGUACCACACGUGAAUCUAUCGUGUACAU